GGACGCUUACCCGGCGACUCCGACCUCCUCGCUAGUUCUCUGGAGAAAAAGUGCGAGACUGACGGCCCAGCCAUCCUAUGUUGCUCUGGUGCAUCUCCAGCUCCCAGGCUCAUGGUAGUCCCCUGCCUCAGACUCCCCAGGAGCUGAUGCCACCUUAACCAGCAAAAGAAAUUCACCUUCAAAGAUUCAGUGAUUCGGAAAGCUGGGAGCACAAAGCAGCAUGGCACAUCUACUGAAAGCGGUGGUGACUGGCUGUUCAUGUCCUUUCCUUGGCAACUUUGGGUCCUGUAAGGUUCUACCUGGGAAGAAAGGCCUUUUACGAUCAAUUCAUAUUCAUCAGGCACUGUGGUGUAAAUCACCUGUAAAACCAGGAAUUCCAUAUAAGCAGCUGACAGUUGGGGUCCCCAAGGAGAUUUUCCAAAAUGAGAAGCGAGUAGCAUUGUCUCCUGCUGGCGUUCAGGCCCUGGUCAAGCAGGGCUUUAACGUUGUUGUGGAAUCAGGAGCAGGCGAAGCUUCCAGGUUUCCAGAUGAUCUCUACAGAGCAGCAGGGGCCCAAAUCCAAGGGACGAAGGAAGUCCUGGCUUCUGAUCUGGUGGUCAAAGUGAGAGCGCCCAUGGUCAAUCCAGCUUUAGGCGCUCAUGAAGCUGACUUUUUAAAGCCAUCGGGAACUCUCAUUAGCUUCAUUUACCCCGCCCAAAAUCCAGAUUUGCUAAAUAAACUUUCUGAAAGAAAAACUACAGUUCUGGCAAUGGACCAGGUUCCAAGAGUCACAAUUGCUCAGGGGUACGAUGCUCUCAGCUCCAUGGCCAACAUUUCUGGUUAUAAGGCUGUUGUUUUAGCAGCGAAUCAUUUUGGAAGGUUUUUUACUGGUCAGAUCACAGCUGCUGGAAAAGUCCCUCCAGCUAAGAUCCUAAUAGUUGGUGGUGGUGUUGCUGGACUCGCUUCUGCAGGAGCAGCAAAGUCGAUGGGCGCAGUUGUUCGAGGAUUUGAUACGAGAGCUGCAGCUUUGGAACAGUUCAAGUCUCUUGGUGCUGAACCCUUGGAGGUGGACUUGAAGGAAUCAGGCGAGGGCCAAGGAGGAUAUGCCAAAGAGAUGUCCAAAGAGUUCAUUGAUGCUGAGAUGAAGCUCUUUGCUCAGCAAUGCAAGGAAGUGGACAUCCUUAUCAGUACAGCGCUGAUUCCAGGUAAAAAAGCUCCUGUUUUGUUUAGUAAGGAAAUGAUUGAAUCAAUGAAGGAAGGUUCAGUUGUUGUGGACCUAGCUGCUGAGGCUGGCGGAAACUUUGAGACCACUAAGCCCGGAGAACUUUAUGUUCAUAAGGGAAUUACUCAUAUUGGCUACACGGACCUUCCUAGCCGGAUGGCCACUCAGGCCAGCACUCUAUACUCCAACAACAUCACCAAACUCCUUAAGGCCAUCAGCCCUGACAAGGAUAACUUUUAUUUUGAAGUGAAGGAUGAUUUUGACUUUGGUACAAUGAGUCAUGUCAUUCGAGGAACAGUGGUGAUGAAGGAUGGCAAUGUGAUUUUCCCAGCUCCCACACCAAAAAAUAUCCCCGAAGAAGCCCCAGUGAAACAGAAGACAGUGGCUGAACUGGACGCAGAGAAAGCAGGCACUGUUUCAGUAUACACGAAGACACUGACCACAGCAUCCGUGUAUGCAGCAGGUCUCACUGGGAUGCUGGGUUUGGGCAUUGUGGCCCCCAAUCUAGCCUUUUCUCAGAUGGUGACCACUUUUGGCUUGGCUGGCAUUAUUGGUUACCACACUGUAUGGGGAGUGACCCCUGCUCUCCACUCACCACUGAUGUCUGUGACAAAUGCGAUCUCAGGUUUGACUGCAGUUGGUGGGUUGGCAUUGAUGGGAGGACAUUUUUAUCCUUCCACAACUCCACAGUGUCUUGCUGCUCUUUCUACAUUCAUAUCAUCAGUCAACAUUGCAGGUGGCUUUCUGGUAACUCAGAGAAUGCUGGACAUGUUUAAGCGACCCACAGAUCCCCCAGAAUACAAUUAUCUGUAUCUGCUCCCUGGUGGUGCUUUUGUGGGUGGAUAUCUAGCUGCCCUCUACAGUGGUUAUAACAUUGGAGAGGUAAGAGACCUUUGGGAGUUUUUUGUUUCUACUACUAUGUCUUUCUCCCUUUAAGAGUUAAUGCCAGCC